CCACGGCACAAAUUCGGUAGUCCACAUCUCAGACGACGUGCCGGAUUCACCAGGCAAAUCGGGUUCCUAUCCUCUUCAGAUUCACACCACUAUGGAAUCCAAUUUCAGCCUCUUCUUGAGGAGGGGGAUCAUUCACGAUCUAUAUAAACCGCUGCAUUUUCCCUUGGCCAACUCACACACUUCUUACAACACCAAAAACAUUAAUUAGUCCUAGAACACUCUAGAGCAAAGAGUGAACCAUGGCUUCCACACUCGAGGGCAAACUUGUUCUUGUGAUGGUGGCCAUUCUGGGACUCUGGGCCUCACAAGCGUGGUCGCGUGAGCUCCAUGAAGCUACCAUGGAAGAGAGGCAUGAGCAGUGGAUGGCUCACCAUGGGCGGGUGUACGAGGACGCUGCCGAGAAGGAACGACGCUUCUUGAUCUUCAAGAACAACGUCGAGUACGUUGAGUCCUUCAACAAGGAUGGGAACAAACCGUACAAGCUAGCCAUCAAUGCUUUCGCUGACUUGACGAGCGAGGAGUUCAAGACCUCAAGGACUGGAUACAAGCGCUCGUUCUCCCCGAGGCCGGCGAGCACUAAGCCGUUCCGAUACGAGAGUGUGACUGCGAUUCCAUCAAGCAUGGAUUGGAGAAAUAAGGGGGCCGUCACGCCUGUGAAGGACCAAGGCCAAUGCGGAUGUUGUUGGGCUUUCUCUGCUGUGGCGGCCAUGGAAGGGAUUACCCAACUCACGACGGGAAAACUGAUCUCUUUGUCCGAGCAAGAACUAGUGGAUUGUGACAGGAGUGGCGAAGACCAGGGUUGUGGGGGUGGCCUCAUGGACGACGCUUUCGAGUUCAUCAUCAGCAACCACGGCCUCACGACCGAGGCUAAUUACCCUUACCAAGCUGUCGACGGCACCUGCAAUGCCCGGAAAGCAGCCUCUACUGCCGCGAAAAUCACCGGAUAUGAAGACGUGCCUUCCAACAGCGAGUCCGCCCUUCUGAAGGCCGUGGCCCACCAGCCAGUUUCCGUGGCCAUCGACGCGGGCGAAUCGGAUUUCCAAUUCUACUCCAGCGGCAUUUUCACCGGGGAAUGCGGAAUCGAUUUGGACCAUGGGGUCACCGCGGUCGGGUACGGGACGAGUGAGGACGGAACCAAGUACUGGUUGGUCAAAAAUUCGUGGGGCACCGGAUGGGGUGAGGAGGGAUAUAUCAGGAUGCAGAGGGACAUUGAUGCUGCGGAAGGUCUUUGUGGCAUCGCCAUGGAUGCUUCAUAUCCAACUGCAUAAUUGCUUGGGACAAUAGAGCAAUGUCAUGUUAAUACAGAGAUUGGGACCUGGUAAACGUCUGUGUGCGCGCACGCGCAUACAUGUCUAGGGUUGUGAAUUUUCUUAUUUCUUGUGAAUGCUUGUAUUACGUAGACUUGCAUGUGCAUGAAGACAUUGGUCUCUUGUUGUAAAUGAACCCCAUGUAUGAAUGCAAGCGAAUGAUUUCAGUUGUUUAA